GAUUUGAAAAGAGCAAAAUGCCACUUUGUGUCACAUCAAAAUUCUUUCGAGGGCAGUUUGCGUGUUAAAUUGAAGUUAGCGUAAAUUUAGUAUAAUUUCCGAUUUUCCAGGAAAAUACUGGAAACUUACCCCCAUUAUCUUCUCCACUGGAAACCCUAAUUGUGUGUGUGAACGUUUGCUGAAAAGAAAAUUAGGGCCUUGUACACACGCGUUCGGCGUUUUUGCGCAAUUUUGUGUCUUUAAAUGUGUAAAAAUUAGGGUUUUAUACUCACGCGUUCGGCGUUUUGCGUAUUUUUUUGUGUCUGUAAAUGUGUGCAAAAUUGGGGGUUGGGCGUUGCUUUGUUGAAGGUAUACCCUGCUUGGUGGUCUGUGUACGUAUCGAGCGGUAAUGGAGAAGCCUUGCGGUGCUCUGAGUGAGCGGGCUGUUGUGGCCGAGAACCUGACAAAGUAUUUGCUGGAAGGCUUUUCCAAAACUGACCCCCGGCGGCGGAAUCCGGACUUGGCUAGAGAAUCGGCGGCGAAGACGACGGAGCUAGAUUAUUUGAGAGAAUCCGUUGUGAAACGGUUGAGAGAUUGGGAGGAGAAGGCGAAGGAGUGCGGUGAGUGUAGAGAUAGGAAAAGGAGAAAAUUUGCUGUGCCCGGAGAAGAGGAGUUGAGUUCGGAGAGGGAAGAGUUUCUUAGCAGUGUUAAGAGGAGGGAGGGGGAAUUGGAUGCGCAGGUGGCGUCUGUGCGUGAGCAUAUCGAGCGUUUGCAGGUGGCGCAGGCUCAAGUUCAGGACAAGCAGCGGCAGGCCGGUGAGAAGUUGAAGGAGAUCGAGUCUCGAGAACAGAAAUUGGCUGAGAAGGAGGGGAAAGUUGACCUGAUCAUACGGACAUUGGAUAAACGGAUAACUGCGGUUGAAAAUAAGGAGAAAGAGUUUAAGUUCGUUUUAGAGAGUAAAAUGAGGGAGUUUCUGUUGAAAGAGAAGGACUUGAACAUGAAGAGGGAAGAGUUUGAUAAGGAGGUUAAAUCGGCAGGUGAGAAGUUUGCAGAGCAAGAGAAGGUAAGGUGUGGUUUUGUCGAGAGGUUGGAUAUGGCAGAGAAAAAGCUCGAGGGCAUGAGGGCGUCCAUAGAUGAGAGAUUAAAGGAGAUUGAGUUUCGGGAGAAUGUGGCCAGGGAAUCAGUGGCAGUUGGUGUGAAAGAAGCUGAUUUAAUCAGGGAAUCAAUUGAGAAACAAUUGGAAGAGUUUGAAAACAGGAAAUGCAAAUUUUGUUCAUCCCAAGAGGACAAAAUGCGGGAGCUGGUUUCGAAGGAGCAGCAACUGGAUGUGAUGAGUAAAAAGUUCGUUGAAGUUGCCGAAUUGGCGGAUGAGCAAUUGACCGAGAGAGAGGGUUUGGCGAUUAAGCUUUUGAAAAGGUUAGAGUUGGCACAGGAUAAUGUUGAAAGCUUGAAAGAAACGGUUCAUGAGAGGUAUAAAGAGAUUGGUCUGAAGGAAGUUGAGCUUAAUUCCAUUAGGGAUUGGGUUGUGAGGAAAGUGGACGAGCUAGACUCUGAAGCGGCGCAGUUGGAGGAACGGGAGAAGAGAAUUAAAAUAAAGAAAGAUGAUGUGCUUUCUGAGAAAAAUGAACUUCGACGGAAGAAAAACAAGAUUGCUGUGGAACAAAAUGAUUUGCAGAUUCGGGAAGAUGAACUUAAAGCUAGACAAAGAGAAAUGGAUUUGGUUCAAAAAUCGAAUGAACAACGACUGGAAGAGCUUGAUCGGAGAGAGAUGAGUCUGAAUUCUGUGAGAGGUUUUACUCGCAACUGUUUUAAGGAACAUCUUGCCAUAAAGAAGAAACUGCUUUCAGAAAGAAAUUUAGUCGAGAGACGCGCUAGAGACCUUGAACUUGAAAUUCAACGACUCAAGAAAACAGCAAGAGAGCUCGAACUGAAACAGAAAGGAUCUAGUGAUGUCAUCAAUGCCCAUGUGAGGACUGAUGCAAAUCAGUCUGCAGAUGUAAAACUUACAGUGAAAAUGGAUGGUAAAACAUUGCAAAUGUUCUUGAAUGACCCUCAAAAAGACUUGGAAUCAAUGGGUGAUGAAAUUUAUACAGUUCUUCACCUAUCCUCGGAUCCUCCAAAGUUGGUUUUAGAUGCAAUGGUAGGCUUCUACCCUCCUCAUUUGAGGGAAGAAGAUGUGGAGUUCAAUGUUAGGAAAACCUGUAUUAUUCUCUUACAGCAGUUAAUUAGAAUGUCACCGAAAAUUCAACCGUACGUCAGAGAAGAAGCUAUGGAACUUGCUGGUGCAUGGAAGUCGAAAAUGGGAGCCAGUGCCGAAAAUCCGUUGGAGUUAUUGGGAUUCUUGCACCUAUUGGCUUCUUAUAACCUAACCUCGUAUUUUGAUAAAGAUGAGAUUUUGGGUUUUGUGAUGAAAGUUGCUCAAUAUAGACAAACACCUGACUUGUGCCGUAUUCUUGGUUUCGUGGAGAGCAUAACAGGUCAAUCAACGUCCGUUGCCCCUAUUAAAACAGUGUCACGGAUUGGCAACGAUAGUUGCCAGGUUCGAAGAGACGUGCAAGCAAGGGCAAACCCUAAUCAUUGUAAUGGUGACGGGCAUGUUAACGUCGUAGUGGUUCCUCCAACUGAUGCAUCUUAUAUAAGCAAUAGAUCUCAUUCCAGUAGAUCUCAUUCCACAGUUAAAGAUGGGCUUGGCCACAUAGAAAAAGUGAUGCGAUGCCAUCACAGGGGUGUUGCUAAGAAGCCUUGAUGAUGGAUCCUGCAAAUCCUUAAGAGGGUUAACGGUGUUGUAGCUCCGUUAUUUUUCAUUAAUUAACAACUAUUCUUGAGUUUUGUGAACUAAAGUUGUUGAGGGAAAUAGACCCCCUUUGUGUGUGAGGAACAAAUCAUGUGAGCAAGAAAGUAUUCUCUUUAUGAAACGUGGUUUAGAUGUUUUACUUAUAACCGUUAGAGCAAAUAACACUUUUAACACCCCUAUGGU